AUAAAUGCUGAUUCGCAGUAUUAUUUCUUCUGUUGUCCGACCCAUUGGACUCUCCUUCCAUUACACCCAUUUCAGUGAAGAGCAAAACCCAGUUCUUGAUUUUCUCUUUUAAGGUCGAGGAAUAGAUCGUAUUGCGUUUUUAGAGAGAUGGGUCAAGAAGUUUUGCUGUCUAGAACCAAAAGGCAUGCCAAUUUCCGUUUAUCCAAUGUGUCAAGUUUUGUUACUGAACUAUUGGAGAUUCAUGCUGAUGAGCCUACAUUGCAUGUUGUAUUCAUCCCUGGAAAUCCAGGUGUUGUGGCAUUUUACAAAGACUUAGUGGAAUCACUCUAUGAGCUGCUUGGAGGAAGUGUGUCCCUGACAGCUGUUGGGCACAUAUCUCAUACAAUGAAGAAUUGGGAGCAUGGAAGGUUGUUUUCACUGCAAGAACAAAUUGAUCAUAAGGUGGAACUCAUCAAACAGGAAUUGCAAAAUAAUGAAGUACCUAUAGUACUGGUUGGGCACUCUAUUGGCGCAUACAUAUCUAUUGAAACAUUCAAGGGAAUUCCCGAGAAGGUGUUAUAUUGCAUAGGAUUGUAUCCCUUUUUGGCGUUAAACCCACAAUCCAGGAAUCAGUCUAUCAUUGGGAAGAUUGCUAAGUCUCCAAUUGUAUGUGUGGCCCUCAGUUCAAUCGCAGCAUUAGUGGGAUUGUUGCCGUUAUGGGCUUUGCGGGUAAUUCUGCGUAAAUCUCUCAGUAAGACAUGGUCCAAUAGUGCAGUCGAGGCUGGUUGCUCUCACUUGGGAAAGUAUCAUACAGUGCGAAACAUUCUCUUCAUGGCAAUGACAGAAUUUGAAAAGCUUUCAGAAACUCCAGAUUGGGCAUUUAUGAGAGAGAAACAGAACAAAAUUGCAUAUUUGUUUGGUAUUGAUGAUCACUGGGGACCACUGCAAAUGGUUGAAGAGAUUUCCAGGCAGGUCCCAGAUAUUGCUCUAUCAAUAGAAAGAGAGGGCCACACCCACGCUUUCUGUUGCACUGAGGCUGGCUCUACCUGGGUUGCUCACCAUGUGGCAAGCUUGAUCAAUAAUCAAAUAUCAAGAUCAAUCCACUAAUAAUUGAAAGAGGUUUUAACUCACUAUUUUUUCGAGUUUUGUGGGAAUUAGACUUUUUCAAACACUUGAGUUUCCAACUUAAAAGGUCAAUUGGUUAAUUGGGGUGAUCUGAUAUAUAAGUUUAUGUUUAUUUUUAUAUUUAAAUGAUGUGGGGUUCGGAUUUAUUUUACUCUUAAAGAUUUGCAACUUAAAAGUAUCAAUUGAUAUAAAGGUGCUAAAUAGGAUUAAUGCUGUUUAGCACAAUACUAAUAGUAAUGGGAUAAGUGGGGUCUACUUAUCAUAACAAUGUGAUAUAUUAUAUGCGCUUGUUUAAAAACUUUCAGUAACACAGUUAAUUAGUGGAGAUACUUUUUUGACAGUUUUGAUGAUGACUGCCAUUGUAAUGUAUGAAACUGCCAAAACCCACAGAGAACAAAGGAGUUCAUUUGGCUUCCUUUGUCUCGUGACGUUACCAACUCGUUUAUAAUGUAUUUUAUUUACAACUCCAAUUUGUUUGUAUUUCUGCGUUUAUAUUCUAUUCGUAUGCUUGUUUCCC